UCUGCCUGCGUUUGACAGACCGUUGAAGAAUUGAAGUAAUUUACUGCUGCAUGACAAAGAAGAGACAAUGUUUGGUGCAGGGAAUCUUUAGAUAGCCCGAAAUCAACGAUACCACAGUUUUUGUUUAUAAUAAUCUUGUUUUGAUGACCGCAGACCAGCAUAUGCUUGUAAAAUGGUUCAAAGGAAAAAUAAACACGCGUAACGCUGACAUAUGAAACUAUAAUCUUGGUACUUUAGACGUCUUCUUUGUCAUAUACUGGUUGGUUUUAAUGUUUGAAGUCUUGCCCAGAUGGUGUUAGUGUUGAUCAGUUCAGACUUGAGACUGCAGAGAAAGAAACAGUUGCUGUGUCAACUUGGUUCAAAGUCAUCUCGCGUAAGUAGCUGGUUUGAGAGGGAUCAGAAGAGCAUCAACUGCUUGAGUACAUAGUUCGAUUAUAGCUCGCUCACAGAAAGCAGUCGGCAGAAGUUGAUAAACGCAUUGGCGAUUCCAAGAAGUGAGGGGCAGGAGAUGGAAGGAAGAAGGCUUUCGGACUUCUAUAGGAAUACAAGUGAGGAGUUGAUCCUGAGAUCUUAUAUGGAGAGCCCAGUUGCAAUGCCUCUACCAACCAUGGAGAUACUUGGUUUUAAGAAUUUGUCUCAAAACUUUCGUACUGAUAGCGAGGAACUCUUCAAAAGCUGGCUCACAAAUGGAGAGGCAAGCAGCCAUACCAAUUGCUAUAAUUCAUCAAGCAUUGCACAUCGUACCAGAACACGGAUGAUUUCUACUGAAAUAGCUAGCUUGCCGGGUCAGCAACAUGUCGGUAUACUUCAAAAGAAAAGAAGCAAUGACUGUUUGUAUCCACCAAUUAAUACCAUGCCUGAUGAAAUCUCAGGUGACAACAAUCAAAGUUCAAUCAGGCAUGGUGUUGAACCAGGAAUACAAGCUAGCGAGUUAUACUUGGCUAAGGCCUGGUUUCACAGUUCUCAACCAAUGACAAGAAGCCGAUCCUCUGAAUUACGGAGGAGGUAUGUCGCUAUGCAAAACGCUCAAAUGCCAGCAGGUCUGGAAGUCAUGCAGACUGCUUCAGGGAAUAGCAAUCUAGCAAAUCAGGAUUUUGCGUUUUCAAAUGGUUUCAAUGACCCUUCUAUUUGUGAGGUCAGCAACCAAUUGGCGACCUUCAUUUCUCCAUCGAAUUCAUCAUCGUCCACUUUCAACACCCCACAAAUGAGUGAAAUGGAUAAAGUUUCAUCUGUGGUGAGCAUGCUAAAGGGUACCUUGGAGCGCAAAAAGCUUAGCAAUCAGAUCAAGAAACAAAGUGUGGAUGAUGAUAGAUCCAAUGGACGUUUCUCUGUUCAAGAAGUUAUUGUCAACACCGGUUUUGAUCAAGGGGAAAGGGAUCAACUUCAUGGUAUGGCAGCUGGAACAUUUCCAGAAGUAUCCACUAUCCAAGUUAACGGUCAUAGAAUUACACAAAAAGUUGAAGGUUCACUGGAUCUUCAGAUGGAAGGUUUUGUAAAUAUCACAAACCCAAAUCCCGUAAGCAGGACUUCUCAAGAACGUUCCCAAAGUGAAUCAUCUGCUGCUGCACCAGUAGUUUCAUCUGGUUUUGAUGCAUGGGACGGUCCCAGCAAUUCAGGUCAAACCCUGAGCAUUUGUGAAAGUUCAAUCAAACGAGCUGAAAGCUCUAGAUCCAAAGAUGUCAGAGAACGGAAAAUUGGAAAUUUGAAAGAUGACCAAAAGAGUGGGAAACGUUUAGAGCGCUACGGAUCAGUGACAUCGGCUGUUUCAGCAGACAAGGAGGAUGCAACAAAAAAACGCAGGGUGGAGAGGUCACGGAAAAUGGCGGAGGCAAAGGGAAGGAACUCAACUCCAGUAAUUCCAUCUGAUAUGCAAUCUGUCUUGAAGCGGUGCGAAAAUCUUGAAAAGGAAGUGCGAUCACUCAAACUGAACCUGUCCUUCAUGAAUAGGAAGGAUUCUGAGCAGACUAAGCAGAUAGAGGAGUUGCAGAAGCAAAAUGAAGAUCUAAUGGAUGAAAAGAACGGCUCGUAGAGGAGAUAGAGAGAGUCCUUUCAGAUACUGGCAAUGUUUGAAACUCAUCAACUUCUGGAUCUUGAGAAUUUAUACAGGUUCAAUGAGGAAGACAAAGGAAGCAGACAAAUGUCAAUGCUUGAUGCACAGUAAAUUUAUAUAUAUAACUAAGCUACUUAGAUGUUCCUCCCGACUUUCACAAAGCGGGGAGUCUUGUUAGCUUAGGGUUGCCCUUUUUAUAUAACCAAGUGGAGUUGGACAUGGUCCCGACCAAUCACCACAAAAUGAUAGGAUACUUGUAACUAAUUCAUCUCAUUCCUUCCAACUUCAUUUCUUACUUCAACAUGCCUUGAAUCUAGAGAAUUAAUUUAUACAGUCCAGUCCUAGUGGCAGGUAUAUAAUCAUAUAACUACAUAAUGAUUCACAAA